GAGGUGGCGCCGCGCUACCCCCGGGCUUCAUGGAAGCCGGGAGCAGGGCAGGAUUGGUGGGAGCCUCAAGCAAGCGACUCGGACAGCAGGCGGGGACAUCCGCUUCGUCAGCUCCCGCCUGCCCAACCCUUACCACACGGCACCCAAACCGAAUCCCGCGCGCUCACGGAAAUGACCCGAAUGGCUCUGGCACCGCCCUUCCACUUCCGCCUACGGGCCUGGGUUUGCGCAUGUGCAGGAGAAGAAAUCCGGGAUUCUGUUCUCUCGUCUGCACGAGGCGAGAAGGCCAUGGAGGUCUCCACUCCCACCCUGGCUACAACUUCGACUCCAGAAACCCCUACGGCACCCGAGCGGCAGUCGCUGGUGAACAAAGCCCAGAUUAGAAAGGCGUUGGCAGCUUUGUUGGAAAAUUCCAAGUCCAGGAAAAACGCUGAUGACUUGCUUUUGAAUGAGAAAGAAAAUUUAUUUUUAAUGGUGGUAUUAUGGAAAAUUCCCAGUAAAGAACUGAGGGUCAGAUUGUCUUUGCCUUAUAGUAUUCGGUCAGAUUUAGCAGAAGUCUGUUUAUUUACCAAGGAUGAACCCGAUUUAACUCCUGAAAAGACAGAACAUUUCUAUAGAAGUCUUUUGAACAAGCAUAAAAUUAACACUAUUUCUCAGAUUAUCCCCCUCCGAACUUUAAAAAAGGAAUAUAAACCCUAUGAAGCCAAGCUCCGCCUCUUGGGUAGUUUUGACUUCUUCCUUACUGAUGCAAGAAUUAGGCGGCUUUUACCCUCCAUCAUAGGGAAACAUUUUUAUCUCAGAAAGAAAGUUCCGGUAUCUGUAAACCUUCUGGCCAAGAAUUUAUCAAAAGAGAUCAAUGGAUCUAUAGGUGGGACUGUCUUAAACAUCUCUAAAACUGGUUCCUGCAGUACUAUUCGCAUUGGUCACACUGGAAUGAAGUUGCAGCACAUCCUUCAGAAUGUCGUUGCUGUUGCAAAAGGGCUUUCAGAAAAAUUGCCAGAGAAGUGGGCAAGUGUGAAACUUUUAUACCUAAAAACUGAGAAAUCGGUUGCCCUUCCAAUCUUUUCUUCGUUUAAGAGCAAUUGGGAUGAUGCUAGAGGAGUAUCCCUUCCUGGUCAGAAGAAAAAAGAGGCAAAGAGAAAAGAAAAACUAAAAAUCAAAGAAAAAGAAAAGCUCGAAUUAAAAAGGGAGAAGAAGAGAAGGAAAAGGGAAAUGCGAGAGGCUAGAAAAAGAAAAAGCCAAGUCCUUACUAAAGGUCAGGCGCCUCAGGUCAGUGGUGCUCCAGGAAAGGGCCCUGGGUCCCCAAAGCGGGGCACCCCAGGACCCGAGAAGCAGGAGCCAAGCAGAGUGAAAGCCCCAUUGAAAGUGGAAGAUGGAUCUGAUGAGGAGAUUCCACUGCUGAUACCAAUGGACAGAAUGCCUGCUAAAGAAAUUGUGGAGGUGCAAACAUGUGCCAUAGUAAAGAAAACUCCAGAAAAUAGUCCAGGUUCCAGCACACCUCUAGGGAAGAAGAGAAAGGCGUCUGCAGCUUUGAAGACCCCUGGAGCUGCAAAGCAAGAUACCCCAGGUAAAGGCCCAGGAAAGAAGCCAAGAAUCAAAGAAGAGACCGAGAAGGAAAUCAACUCUUCAAUGGGGAAAAAAGACCUAAGACAGACUCCAAAAAAGCCAGAGGCUAAAUUCUUUGCUACUCCUAGUAAAUCUGCCAAAAAAGUGCCCCAGACCCCCAAGCAGUGGCCCCUCAAACCCAAAAUGUUGUCACAGACAAACUAAAAGCAGCAGCUUGACCAGAGGGAAAGAUCAGGGCUUCCUGAUGAGCUUUUUUAAAAUACCCAAGCCCUGGCCCCUGUUACACCCUUCUCCAGAGUGAGGCCUGGACUUAAAAUAUUCCUAAAAACCUCCACAUGUUAUUCUGAUUUAUGUUCCUGAGUGUAGGAACCAGUGGUGUGAAGUAAAAUCUUUUUUAAUUGCUCUUCUUGUGUUUGCUAAUAUAAUGGGAAAAUACACUGCUUCUCUGUGGUUGUGUUUUUUAUUAAAGUGUGACAUUUGCUUCUGGGUAUACUGUUGGCAUGCCAAAUCUUGUCAGUUGUAUUUGAAGGCUUAUGAUUGGAACUUUCCUUCCCUAUUUUAAACCAUUUAUUGACAUGAGCUCUAUUCCACUCGGUUGUGCAGACAUUCCCAAAGCUGAUUUGUGAGAAUUGGCUGUGGAACUUAGGAGAAACAUGGAGUUCUUGGCUCUCCUGCUGAGAUGGUAUAUCUUGGCAGGUCUUAGGAGGAGCCCUGGAAUCAGUUUUUUUCUUUAAUUCCCAAGUUGUGAAUCACUGAGUUAGCAAACAUACAGUGAGGGAAAUUGCAAGGUCAUUUGUAGAGGGAUUGAAUGGAAUCCUGCCUACUAGAGGCAAGAAAAUGUUUAUCUUACCUUCCUCCAAAUCACUCCUCACCCUGUGUAGAUGUACCUACCUGUGUAGAUUUACCUACACAUGGCAACUCUAGGUUGGAAACCUGGGAAAGCAGACUCCUAAGAAGAGUUGUCAAACACAUACCAAGGCAGUAGAUGGCUUUUUCGGUACAUGACCUUUCACUGGAUUUGAAUUGGGGAACACAUCCCUAGUAGUGAUGGGUUCACUGUAGUGCAAGCAGGUGCUCACCUGUGAAAAGGCCCAAGAGGGGCACGCUUUCAAAGAUUGAGUGGUUCAGAAGCAGUGGAAGGAGUUGUCAAGACUGCUUUUGCUCUUUAGUAGUACAAGUUGAUUUGUAAUGAUUUUUUUAAAUUGUGAAAGCCCCUAAAUACAAAGUUAUUUGUAAUCCCACUGUCCUUUCAGUCUUAAAAAUGAAUGUACAUUUACUGUGUUGUAGGGAUUUGUCUUAAUACAUUUGAAAAGCUUCUUUUCCAUAGAAAUUAAGUCCUAUGGAAAGAUGAUUAGAUGGACCUGCUUUACUUAUUUGUGACUCCAAGGAUGAAGCUUUGUCUCCUUUUUUCCACAGGACAAACUCAUGUACAUAUUCAUGCUAACCUUUUCUCUAGAUGAUGUGAUUUUGCAGGCGUAACUUGUCUUGUUUUGUUUUGUUUUUCCAAGUCCCAUCCUUUGGCCAAGUAUUUACAACACCAAAUUCUUUGGCUUGUAGCUUAGUCUGUUGAAUAUGAUGUAGACUUUUCCCUCUUGUUCUGCUGUGCCCUAGUUUCACUAUAAUAAACUCCUAAUGUUCUCUAUAUUAAAAAAAAGAUUUACUUAUAUUUCUUGAACAUGAUACUAGUAUUUUGAGAGGAAGGCCAUAGUUGAGGAAUGGGUGAUAGUUCUGAAUUGUAACGAAAAAUGUCCAAAUCAUGGUACUGGAUUUGCAAGGCUUGGGAAGGACCAGGGACAUGCCCUUACCUGGCCGAUUGAAUGAUUUCAUGGAAGAGAACAGAUCUAAUGGGAGAAAUUAGAGUGUAACAUUUUUGUUUUGAAAAAGUAUUUGAAUUUUAGGUAACUUGUUCAGGAACUCUAAUGAGCAUUAAAAGUUUAAUAUUUUUAAAUGCCUUGAAUGUAUUAAGGAAUGUGUUUAUUAAAAGUCACAUAGUAUUUUACAGUUCCCUUGAGGAAUGUUAAAGUGAGGGUAUGAAGAAAUUGCCAAGCGUCAUGAUGUCUCACCAGACUAAAAACCCUUUCUCUACUUUUAAUUCAUGGGUGUUUAAAGGUUUUAAGUAGCAAAGAAAAUCUUUUGCCAUCAAAUUAAAUAUUUGAAGGUUCUUCUGACUUUCUACAUUUUUUUUUUCUUAAAUUGCUCUGGUAUUCCCAACCUACAGUUAGUGUUAAUGUUCACAGUACUCCAUUAGGGAUUCCCCGCUGGGACUUCAUGAACUCGAAGAAGUCCUUGUCAAACCCUGGCUCCUAAAGGAAUUAGUGCUUGUAAUGAAAUGACGCAAAAAAUUUUGAUUAUGAUCGUUUCAGUAUAUUGGUGCUAGAGAGACAAUAUGGCAAGUUAUUUAGCCUGUUAUAUUUUAACCUAAGUUCAACACUGUCUUAAAAUGAUUAAUCUCUUGUUAUUAAAAAACUCAGUUUGUGGCAUUUUCUAUACUUGAAGUUACAGGAAAUAGGGCCUCUAGAAUUUUGACUCACUUAAAAAAUGUCUCAGCAUUCUGAAAGACAUUGGCUGGUAAUGUGAGACACUCAAUUUUCGUUAUAGAUGUCCCUCAAAAUCUUCUCCAGUAUACUCAACCGUACAAUAAUGACAGGCUCAGAAACUUCGUUGAACUCAGCCACCAAGUUUUAUCAGAUUUCCCUACAUUCAUCCAGCCGUCUACACAUCCUCACAUGCUGUAACUAUUAAGUUCCUACAAACUGCGAGUACAGUACUAGACUUGGGAAAUUAAUGUAUAAAACAUAGCCUCAAACCUCUACAGCCCUAGUUUAGUUGGUGGCACCCUUAGAAUUUGAUGUCCAAGGAAGCAGUUUGACUGCAAGGAGGUGGGGGCAGGGGCUAAGGGACUUCUCUUGAUAACUGCAUUAUCCAGUCAUCACUGUUUUUAACUUAGAAUAUACGUUAUUUUGAGGGGGAGAGGUCCAAAACCUCUCCGAGCCACUCCAUUUCUGAAUGGAGAAAGGGAUACCAGAAACAAAGAAGGAAAGUGCGAAGUGCCCAGCAAAACACGUACCAAACAGCCCAAGAGUUACUUAGAAACAACAAAACCAACAUUCAAACAGCUUCCCAAAAGGAAACUGCCCAAAGCUUACACACUUUACUACAAACAAGCUGUGUAUACUGGGUACAUUAAAAUGGCCUUACACUAUGCCUGCUGUAUGGCUACAUCUUUUCAUUUAGCGGUGCAUCUUAAACUUCUUCCAUUAUCAGCACUUAUAGACAUAUUACCUGCUUGGUAUCCCAUUGUAUGGAUUAUUGACAUACCAGAAAUUUACUUCUGUAUUGCUGAAUGUUACGCAUCUUUCUGGUUCUUUGCUAGUCUGAAGAAUGCUGUGUUGCAUAUCUGUAUAUUAGAGCAUGUAUAUGGAAAAGAUGGAGUCAAAAGAGGAAGCAUGCUUACAAUAGUGAAAGAUACUGCUAAAACAACUUUUUAAAAGCCCGUGUAAUGCUUUGUAUGUUUUUUCCCCAUAUUUGCCUAGUAUCAAUAUUGUCAGGUUGUUGAAUACAAGUAAAUCUGUUAGAUUUAGUUUGUAUUAUCUGUUAAGUGAGGUUGAAUAUUUUUUAUUAUGGCUUUGACAAUUUGAAUUGUAUCCUUUCCCAUUUUGUAUUGGUUGGUUGCCACUAAUAUAUAGCAGUGUUGUUCCGUUUUUGUUUUUUAAUGCUUAUGUCUUAUGUUACAAAUAGCUUUUUAGCAGGCUGUUGGGUUUUAUUUAACUGUUAAAAAAUAACUGCUCAAGAAAAUUUUAGAAGACUUUGAAAUGAGCAAAAGAGAUUAUUGAGUGUUCUUUCAAUGGAAUGUUGGCCAUAAUCUAGCAGACCCUUCAUGGAUUAUUUACUUCUUUGACUAGGCCAUUUUACAGCUUUGUAGAGAUAAAAGUUAACUUGUAGAAAAUUGAUAAUAAUGCAAAUGUUUCCUGUCCAUAAUAAUGCAAAUAAAUUCUGUUACUUAGAGGAUAUAAAUCUCUGUAAGUCAUAUCCUUAUUUGAACCACUUUAACCUCUUAUUGGUCCUCUCAUUAAUUAAUGUGUAGAAUAAAAUCUUUGACAUGCUCA